AAGAUAACAGGGAUAUUUUGAUUAUUUAGAAAAGGCAGCAUAAAAAGAAAAGUACAAUUAGGAAGAAAAACAAGAAAGAAAUCGAAUAAAAAAAUGUCCCUGCCAGCACGAGGCCGUAUGAAAAUGAAAGAAUCCACAACUCAGCAAGUUACAGGCUGUCAACAACAAGAAACCAAACCACUCUAUCCUUUCUUCACUCUGUCAAUUCCCCGACUUAAUUACUUACUUUAUAACUUAUUUUAACUUGCUUUCUCUCUUUCAAUUGAUUUCUGAAUUCUGAAUAUGGAUCCCUGCCCCUUCGUGCGGAUCCUCGUCGGUAACCUCGCCAUCAAAUCACCGGCGUCAUCCAAACCUUCUUUCUCCGGCAAAGUUCACCCUUCCACUUCCCCCUGCUUCUGCGAGAUUAAACUCAAUGAUUCCUCCCCUCGAUCUCACUCACUCCCUCUCAUUGCAGACUCCGACGCGCACCCGCACCCAAACUCUCUUUCUCUUGCCGCCUCCUUCGAUUUCCCCAAAGCUCAAAUCCCCAAAAACCCAAUCAUCACUAUCUCCGUCUACAAAUCCCCAACAACCCCCUCCUGCAUCUUCACCUCCGCCAAACUCCUCGGCAAGGUCACGCUGCCUCUCGAUCUCACCAUGGCGGACUCGCGACCCUGCAUGUUCCAAAACGGAUGGCUUCCUCUCGGCCGCAAAACACACAACACUCAGUUGUUGCACUUAACACUCCGGGCCGAACCGGACCCGAGGUUCGUUUUCCGCUUCGACGGUGAACCGGAGUGCAGCCCGCAGGUUUUUCAAGUCAAAGGAGAUGUUAAGCAGCCGGUUUUCACUUGCAAGUUCAGUUUCAGAGAUAGAAACCCGGUUCAGUUCCCCUCCUCGACCACCGCGAACGAGCGGAAAGGAUGGUCCAUCACGGUGCACGAUUUAUCGGGUUCUCCGGUUGCGGCGGCGUCUAUGGCCACUCCGUUCGUUCCCUCACCCGGUUCACAGCGGGUCAGCAAGUCCAACCCGGGAGCCUGGCUCAUCAUCCGACCCGACGGUGAUGGCACUUGGAAGCCUUGGGGCCGCCUCGAGGCGUGGCGUGAACCCAACAACUCCAACGCCGUCGGGUACCGAUUUGUAGUUCUUCCGGACACCGCCGACCCGGUGACGCUAGCCGGGUGCACCAUCAGCUCCCAGCAUGGCGGGAAACUCACCAUCGAUGUUACCUCCGGCGUGACCCCGGUGAACACCCCGCACGGAAGCUGGGAUCUCGGGUCAGGGUCAGAUUUCGGGUUCGAACCGCAAUUCCAGUACAAGGGGUUUGUGAUGUCGGCAAAGGUGGACGGGGAGAGGAAGAGUAGCAGGCCGGAGGUGGAGGUUGGGGUGAAGCACGUGACUUGCACGGAGGAUGCUGCAGCUUUCGUGGCACUUGCGGCAGCCAUGGAUUUGAGCAUGGAUGCUUGCAAACUAUUCUCUCAGAAGCUCCGAAAGGAGUUGAGGCAGUAGAUUCGGGUUUCGAGGCCAAUUCACUUGUCGUUUUGCGUCGGCUAUUGCUAAACGUAAACUUGAGAAGCAUUGGAUGCUGAUUUUUUUAAUAUUUUUUUUGAGUAACACAAUGUACAGUUGGGCAAUUGUUUGGCAGGAUCAGUGAGUGUUUGAACAUUUUUUAACAGAUUAAACAUAAAGUUUUGAUUCCUAUUUUGCUUA